CCAACCACUUCCGAUCACUGGCCGAUCUACAUCUUCAUUAAGCGCCGCGGCCAAUAGGAUUAGGAACAACGAGCCUGCGAUUGUCCAAAAAUCCCGUCCGAAAGAUGUCUCCACAAAGGGCCAAUCAAUGCACUGAUUUCCACCUAAUCGCUUCGACGGCUUUUUAAGAACCAUUUACGUGACUUUAUUGCAAAUGGAAGUUUCGGAAAUACAUAUUUUUUUCCUAUAUCGAUGAUUUGAAGCGGGAAAUGAAAGUUGAUCCUGCGAACGAAGGGCGUAAUGACGGACAACGGUCGCUACGUAACGCCGCAAUUAUAAAAAUUCUGUGUCGUCUGAAUGCUCGUGUCGAUAUUGCAGUAUAGAGAUCGAUUGGUUAUUAAUUAUACAUUGGUUAUUUACAUACCUAUUGGGGUCCAAGAAAUUUUCAGUGUAAUGAAGGAAAAUUAAUUUUCCUGGACUUCCGAUAGACUUAAUAAGAAACGCUGAGACUCUUUAACUUACUGUUUCCAUUUCUUUUCGCGCUGUAUAGGCUGGGAAUGCUUGACCAUAGGUUUCAAUAUGUCAAAUGUUGCAUCCCCUAAACCCAAACGUCGAAAGAACAAGGCGAAAUUAAAGUUAUCUUGGGAUGAACCUACCAAAGAGGAACGAAUUGCGAAGCAGAUUGAUGAUUUCAUAAGUGACGUCAUCGAAAGUGCUAAACAGGAAUACCUGAUAAAAGAGCACUCGAGCAGCAUUAAUGGAGAAUGUGAGAUAUAUCUAAAUGAAGAACUGAAAGAAGAAAUGAUAAAGCUGGACAGUAUGGAGACGGCGGAACACGUCUAUGAUGAUUCUAUGGAGAACUGCGGCAAGACACGUCAAGCACAAUCUGAAAUGGAGCAAAGGCACCAAGAUGAAAAUUGUCCCGCAAGGCAUUAUCGGGCCUCCGAAUUAAACGAGGGAAAUCCCCUGCUAGCAGAGCAUGCCCAUAUGCCAAAAAGGAGGUAUCUACGUUUUUUACAGAGACAUUUAAUGAGAAUGUGUUGCCAGUGCACGUGUUUCAUGAAUGGCAAUGACGUCACUUAACCAUGACAAUCUAUGACAAUGUUUUUACCAGUUAAUAUUCUAUAUUUAAUUAUAUGUAUAUAUAAUUCAAUCGCUGGUUAUAUUUAUCAGUACAGAACCAAAGACUCUUAAAUUAGAAUCAUUAUCACAGGAGCUUGGACUUUGGGUAGUUGUGUCAAACAGCAAUGUGACGCAUGCCUGUCUAUUUCAUUGCUGCCCACUCAGUGAAAGCUCAUUGAAAUCAACACGAUUUGUCUGGCUUUUGAGCUAAGACUACGCAAUCGGUGCAUAUUUCACUUGAAUCCAGCGUCAUUUUUAACAUGUUUUGACGCAAGAAAUGAUAGCUACGUCCUACGGAAAGUCCAAGGCCUUGUUAAAAUGGUUCUACAACUGGUGUUUCCAAGCACCAAACUAUAUGUACUACAUAAACUGAAAUUCAAAGUUUCGUGUUUUAUCAGUUUUAGAUUUUUGGUUAUUGUUUUCUCAUAACAUUUUAAAAAAAAUAUUUUAUUUUAGUACUGUGUACAAACUAUGAUUUCCUUAUGCUUAUGUGAUACAUGAACCUUUACAUCUUCGCCAGCCAAGAGUUUCCGAUACAAUAUGUUCUUCGUAAAUGCAGGAACGUACUUGGCUAGCGAAAAUUGGUCUUUUAACUUAAAGACAUUUUACAUAUAUUUGUACUUUUUGUAGGUUCUUGAUGGAUGAUUUAUGAUUCUGAUAUAUAAAUAACUAUGAAAAAAGUAUUGGCAAUUAAUUUUUUUUUUGUGUCAAAUCAACCAUAUCGCAAUUUUUAAAACAAAUUAUAAUCUAUAUUUCUCCUAGUAAUCUAGAAAACUGUAAAAAAAAAAAAAUGAAAUAAAACAGUUGUUAAUCAAUUUUUCGUGAUUUAAUCUUUUAUAUAAGGUAAUGAUACAUAGUGUUUUCGACAAAUAUAUACCGGUAUUUAGUGUCAUUACUGUCAACAAGUUUAGCUAUUAACUUAUGGUGAAAAGAUUAGUGUCUUAACAACUACGUUGUGAGCUUCACUAGGAACAAUAACGUUAGUUUAUUUUGAAAGUGUUUUUCAUUUAAAGUGCAUCAAUUGUUUAUUUCUCAAAAAUAACAAUAACCUGACAGCUAGUAAAACUGGCUACCAAAGUAGGCAUGUUGUAUAUGCAAGGUGGCGCAAAUAAAAUAAAGUCGUGGAGAGAGUACUUUUUAAUAAAGAAAUGUAUGAACCAAUGUCCUUUUAGCAUUAUCUUCCUUAAAGCCAAAUGUUGCAUUUGUUGUGUUACGACUUGGUAGUUGUUUCCAUGCAGUAUAAGCUGUCUAGUUCUGUUCGUGUACGAUUGCGUUAUA